GUAUCAGUUGCGCAAAAUUGUGGUGGACCCCGGAGCGGGGCCCGGGAAGAACCACACCGUGGUGUUUCUGGGGUCCGACACUGGCACCGUCCUCAAGUUUCUGAUCCAGGCGAACAUCAGCACCAGCCUGGCGACAGUGCGGGCCAGCAUCCAGAGCGUGUUUCUAGAGGAGUUUGAGACGUAUCCCAGCGAGAAGUGUGGCAAGGACAAUGUGGACGAGAGGAAGCUCCUAGGGAUGGAGCUCGAUAAAGCCACGGGAUCAUUGCUGCUGGCGUUCCCGCCUUGCGUGGUGCGGGCCCCCGUGGCAAGAUGUCACCAGCAUUCGGGCUGCAUGAAGAGUUGUCUGGGGAGCCGUGACCCCUAUUGCGGCUGGACUCCCGAAGGCUCCUGUAUUUUCGUAGACUCAAGCACCAGGGCCACGUUUGAGCAAGACACUGCAGGUGGGAAGACGUCUCACCUCGGCGACUGCGAAGGGCUGGUGACUGAAAGCUUUGUGGAUGAACCAGACGGGCUGGUGUCAGUGAACCUUCUGGUAAUCUCCUCGGUAGCAGCCUUCGUUAUCGGGGCCGUGAUAUCGGGCUUCAGUGUGUGCUGGUUUAUCGGGCACCGCGACCGGAAGGAGAUGGCCCGGCGCAAAGACAAGGAGAACAUCCUAUCCCACAGCGAGUCGGUGGUGAGCGUCAGCCGGCUGGGUGAACGGCACGCCCGGGGCCCCGGCGGGCAGCCCGAGAACCUGCUAGCACCGCUCAUGCAGAACGGGUGGCCCAAGGGGCUCAUCAAGGUUAGCCAGCAUGACCUGGAUUCAGGGGUCCUCCCCACCCCGGAGCAGACCCCACUGCAGCAGAAGCGAUGCCCGAAGCCCUGCAGCUGGGAGUACAGCCACAACCUCAUCAACGCUUCGAUACGGGGUGGAGACCCCCCAUCCUCCGUCAUCCUCCUCCAUGCUGGCCACACUCCGGUGCCCCCACACCACUUGUCUUCUGGCCGCGUUAUCCCCAUCUCCUGCCACUCCAUGCUGAUGGACCAGGAGCUGGAGAGCGAAUCAGGGGACCUUCCGCUGGACAUGCGCUAUCUACCGGUGAGUGGCGGAGAAGGACCCCGGGGAGUCCAGCAACAGCUGCAGCAAGCCCCAAAUUCACACCGGCCCAGCGGGACGCGGAGCUCCUAUGGUGGCGAGAUGCCCAUCACGCCGCACGACAGCCCCGACCGGCGACGGGUGGUGUCGGCCCCGAGUGGGGAGACGGGGGAUUCCACUCAGUGGAACCCCGACAAGCUGAACUCCAAUAGUAACAAUGCUGCCAGCAAGGCGAAUGCACAUCUCAAACGCACCCACACUUUCAACAGUGGGGAAGGCCAGGUGGCUUACACCCGGGCGCAGAGGGCGCCCACGCUGGGCUCCCAGCACACCCUCACAGACUUCAGCCACCUCCUGAAAUAUGGUGGCCUCGAGCGGACUGCCUCCUCUGUCAAAUAGGGAGCCAACCGGGAGGCGUGGUCUGGCUCGGUAACC